GUCCAACAUGCACACAUAAAUUGCACUUUGCGAAAUUUUACCAAUCCAUAUAUUUGUGCAUUAUGCCGAGGCAUUUUAUACAUACCAUAUUAAUAAUGACUUAAGCCACUUCGUUUUAGUGAUAUAGUAAUAGUACUCAUCAUGCGCUUUUACUACGCUUAAUCGCUUGGGCUGCUUUCACUUUCUCGGCUCGUCACCUGUCUUAGGAUGGUUGGUGCGAAGAAGUAAGUCUGAUUUCCCUUGCCCGAAUGUGCCAUGGACUGCGUAAUUGGAACCAGCUAACUUUUUCUUGUGGUCCGCAGAGAUACUGCUGAGGAUAUCCUGCUUACAAAGCGUCGGAAGCCGAAUAGGCUGAUAGUUGAUGAUGCGAUCAACGAUGACAAUUCAGUUGUUUCCUUGUCACAAACUAAAAUGGAUGAGCUCCAACUAUUUCGCGGAGAUACGGUUCUAGUCAAAGGCAAGAAGCGGCGUGACACCGUGUGCGUCGCUCUUGUUGACGACACUUGCCCAGAUGACAGAAUUCGCUUCAACCGCUGUGUUAGGCGCAAUUUAAGAGUCCGUUUAGGGGACAUUGUAACUGUCCAGGGCUUUCCCGAAGUGAAUUAUGGCAAGCGCAUACAUGUGCUACCGAUCGACGACACGAUUGUUGGCAUCACUGGCAACCUGUACGAGGUAUACCUGAAACCAUACUUUUUGGAAGCAUAUCGACCCGUACGCAAAGAUGAUAUCUUUGUCGCUCGUGCUGCAAUGAGAGCUGUUGAGUUCAAGAUUGUUGAAACGGAUCCUUCGCCUUACUGUAUUGUUUCUCCGGACACCAUCAUACAUACAGAAGGCGACCCCGUAAAACGCGAGGACGAAGAUGAUAAAUUCAACGAGAUCGGCUACGAUGAUAUCGGUGGAUGUCGGAAACAGCUUGCCCAGAUAAAAGAGAUGGUUGAGCUACCACUUCGUCACCCACAGUUGUUUAAAGCUAUUGGUGUCAAACCGCCUAAGGGGAUAUUGCUGUAUGGUCCACCAGGCACUGGAAAAACCCUUGUUGCACGCGCCGUUGCUAAUGAAAGUGGCAGCUUUUUCUUCCUAAUUAAUGGACCUGAGAUAAUGUCUAAGCUCGCUGGAGAAUCGGAAUCAAACCUUCGGAAGGCGUUUGAGGAAGCCGAAAAAAAUGCACCAGCGAUCAUUUUUAUUGAUGAGUUGGAUGCCAUUGCUCCCAAACGCGAGAAGACUCAUGGUGAGGUGGAGCGUCGUAUAGUAUCUCAAUUGCUGACACUCAUGGACGGCCUUAAGCAGCGCAGUCAUGUGAUAGUGAUGGCUGCGACAAACAGACCUAACAGUGUUGAUCCCGCACUGCGCCGUUUCGGACGCUUCGAUCGUGAAAUCGAGAUAGGUAUCCCCGAUAGUAUUGGACGUCUGGAAAUUCUUCGAAUUCACACAAAGAAUGUGAAGUUAGCGGACGAUGUUGACUUGGAGCAGAUCGCCAACGAGGCCCACGGGCACGUUGGCGCCGACCUGGCCUCGCUUUGCUCCGAAGCCGCGUUACAGCAAAUCCGUAAUAAAAUGGACCUAAUCGAUUUAGAGGAUGACACGAUAGACGCGGAGGUCCUUAAUUCUCUGGCAGUGACCAUGGACGAUUUCCGAUGGGCUUUGGGCAAGAGCAAUCCAUCCGCACUUCGCGAGACGACGGUUGAAGUCCCGAACGUCACUUGGGACGAUAUUGGUGGCUUGGAAAAUGUAAAACGUGAACUACAGGAGCUUGUACAGUACCCGGUUGAACACCCUGAUAAGUUCCUGAAGUUUGGGAUGACUCCUAGCAAAGGAGUCCUCUUCUACGGUCCCCCGGGAUGCGGCAAAACACUUCUCGCAAAAGCCAUCGCCAACGAAUGCCAAGCGAACUUCAUCAGCAUCAAGGGCCCCGAGCUACUGACAAUGUGGUUUGGGGAAUCCGAGGCUAAUGUACGGGAUAUUUUCGACAAAGCUCGCCAGGCUGCUCCAUGCGUGCUCUUUUUUGAUGAGCUGGAUUCUAUCGCCAAGUCCCGAGGAGGAAGUGUUGGGGACGCCGGUGGUGCUGCUGACAGGGUCAUCAAUCAGCUUCUCACAGAGAUGGAUGGAAUGUCGUCCAAAAAGAACGUGUUCAUUAUCGGGGCUACCAACAGACCAGAUAUUCUGGAUGGCGCCAUUCUGCGGCCUGGUCGGCUUGAUCAACUUAUUUAUAUUCCCCUGCCCGAUGAAAAGUCCCGCGUCAACAUUUUGAGGGCCAAUCUACGGAAGUCACCUGUCGCUGCUGACGUGGAUCUUUUAUAUCUGGCCAAGGUAACUCAAGGGUUUUCUGGCGCCGAUCUUACAGAAAUUUGCCAGCGGGCCUGUAAACAAGCUAUCCGAGAAGCUAUAGAGGCUGAGAUUCGCGCCGAGCGUGAGCGACAAUCUCGUCCAAAUGCGAUGGAUGACGAAAGCGACCCCGUACCUGAAAUCACGCGACGUCAUUUUGAAGAGGCCAUGCGGUACGCCAGGCGCUCUGUAACAGAAAAUGAUGUCAGGAAAUACGAGAUGUUCGCUCAAACGCUCCAGCAGUCUAGGGGCAUUGGUGGUGGCAACUUCAGGUUCCCCUCUGAUGCUGCUGGUGGAUCAGCACCUGGUCGUGGACUCGGUCCCGGCUUUGGCAACACAGACGCCGAAGAUUUGUACAAUUAAAUUUGACAAGUUGUUCCUCUUCCGCCGUCGGUUUUAUAGCCUCAGGACGCCAUCGAUUUCUCUAUCCACUUUUGUGAUUUCAUUCUCUGUGGUCUCUCGCCGAGAAGCGCUUUUGUUGGACUUCUCAUUUUCAUUCAUUCAUUUAUUGUUCAUUGUUUUCAUCCGCUACCCACUUGGUUUGAACCGGUUAAACACUAAUCGACUGCACAUUUGCGAUUUUUUCCUGUUUCCAUUUCGGUUGUAGUUAUGAUUAUCGUCUAUACUCAGUUAGGCUAUUUAGCCUCUAGUAAUUCAUUUAUUUUGGGGCAGUUGAUGGAUCCAUUUUUGCUGUGCCGUGGAAUUUGUGGUGAGAUUAGCUGUCAUCUUCCUUUACAAGGUA